AUGAUUUUCUUUGAGAUGAGAAAGAAGUUGGGCUUUAAAAUCAUGCCUGACCAAAUCAGGCGAGAUAACCCGCCGCAAGUCCCCGAGGAAUGGGAAAAGUUCUUUAAACCCGAUGCUACUCUUUCGGAUUCGAAAGUCACGAUGGACACUCGCCUAUGCGUGCAUGUCUCGAAGCUGCGUAUCAAAGAGUGCAUAGAAGAACAAUUUCCGGACCGCAAGGACUACGAGAUCUUCUGGGAUCCGAACUCUCUGUCCAAGAUCAAGGAAUCAGACAUGCGUCACACACUUGAUGCAGCUGACUACGCGUUCAACUUUGAUGAUAACGAGCGGAAGCGAAAGGCCCUCCGCGCUCUGAUUAAGCAAUACAUCGCUCGAAAAAUGGGGGAGAUGGGUCUCAAUUCAUCCAAACCCGAGCCGACUGACAUCAAUGAUCUUUUCGAAGCCAAUGACAAGGUCAAAAACGCGAGACCAAUCAUUGGGCGACCACUCACUGAGGUUCUGCAAUACAUCGCGAAUACAGAAGGCCCACCAAGAAUUGUGUACGCAAUGCUUGGUACUCGCACCAACGAUCGCAACAUGCCGGGCAGGCCUCACUUCAACGUGGCAAAGGACGCGGAGUCCGCGAACGCUUUCUUGAAGAAGAUCUUCGACGAACGGACACAGAUGUUAGUCGUACCCACAGAAUGUUGCAAAGGAAAAGAUGAGAAAGACCCAUGUCCAUACGUACCUGAGCGCUGUCGAUACAAAGAACUAUCGGAGAAAAGCCCCUCGAUGUCUAGAAUAGUCCCGUGGUGGAGCGAAGAGACGGGACAAGAGACCCACUAUCACGCAUUCGACUGGAUAACCGCAACUGUAGUGACAAGGCAGGACAUUUUCAAGUGGGUUCCGGUCAAGCAUAAAGCAUGUCUAUCGGGAAAAAGCGUAACGAAUAUCAAACUCGCCAAAAGCACACAGCCCUCGACUAUUUUCAUGGCCAAACCCGACUACAGGUACGUGGACAGAAAAAGCCUGUUCUAUGGGUGGAGCUGGAGAGAACUUUCCCAAGAGAUGGAGGCCUACGCAUUGGAAAGCGAAGACAGCUAA